UAUCACCUGAGCUCUCAGUCAGGUCUGGACCUGCAUGUUGGCUCACUCCUCCACCGGCUGCUCUUCAGGGAACUUUAUCAUGCAGGUAGUUUCACCUGCAGACCCGCUGGGAGGACCUGAACAUCUGACAAAUCUGCCUUUUUAUUCUCCUGUUUUGGACGGGGGCCAUCACCUGCUUAAUUAAUCCUCGUGCGGCGUCACCUCCGCCUGGCAGGAGCUGCAACCUGAUAACAUCACAUCACAGUUGUUUCCCUUGAAAGAUGAUCCACUUUUAGAACAAACCAGCCCACAGCUUUGUUUACCUACCUGGAGCCAAUGAGGCGUUUUCAGACCUACAGCGCCAUGGCCGUCAUCGCCACCCUGUUCCUGCUCCUGUUCUACUCCAACCUGCACCUGGACACGACCAACGCCGUCCAGUCUGGUGACAGAGCUGCCACGACUCCCGUCAAGCAGAAGUCCAUCCCCUCAACGACCCCAGUGCACUACAACAUAACCAUUUCUAAAGAACUGAGAGAGUUGAUCCCUCAGAACGGAGCCUAUUGGAACCGCCUGUUGCACGCGUUCAUAAAGAAAUCUGACAAAGACACGGAUUUCUUUAGAAACAGGUACAAGUGGUCCGGCUGCGCGGACAGUCAGGGGUCCCUGCGCCUCAACAUUCACGACUUUAACUCCUACUCCGCCAUCCUGCAGUCUUUCUUGCAGCACAUGAACUGUAAGUCCCCUCCCAUCUUGAUAGAUCAACCUGAGAUGUGCGUCUCCGCUGGCAACGGACAGAACCUCCUGCUUUUCGCCAUCAAAUCCACCCCUGGAAACUUUAAGGAGAGACAGGCGGUGCGAGAGACGUGGGGGAAAAACAAGACGUAUGGCAAUGGGCCGGCGGUGCGGACGGUGUUCCUCCUGGGCAGCGCCUCACCUGACGACCCGGACCUCAGCGCGCUGCUGUCAGUCGAAGCCGAACACUUCAGGGACAUCCUGCAGUGGGAUUUUUACGAUAGCUUCCUCAACCUGAGCCUCAAAAUGGACUCAUUACUCCACUGGACACUAAAAAACUGUCCCCAGGUCUCCUUUGUUUUCAGCGGGGAUGAUGACGUUUUUGUCAACACGCCUGCGUUGAUCAGCUACGUCAAGUCUCUGGAGGCUUCUAAAGCGUCCGAAUUGUACGUGGGGCACGUCAUUAGCCAGGCUAGCCCCCUCAGGGACCCGAGGAGUAAGUACUACAUCCCGCUGAGCUUCUACGACGGCCCGUAUCCCGCCUACGCCGGUGGAGGAGGCUUUCUGUUCUCCGGAGCGCUGCUGCACCCCCUGUACCUGGUUUCACACGUCAUCCCCUUCUUCCCCAUCGAUGACGUUUACUUUGCGAUGUGCGCUAAAGCUCUGGGAGUUUCAGCUGAAGCACAUUCGAGAUUUCAGACCUUUGACAUCAAGGAGCAAGAUCGAGAGAACGUGUGCAUACACAAAGAUUAUCUUCUGAUUCACCGGCGCACCCCUCAGCAGAUUAUACGACUGUGGAAAGGCAUCAACAACCCCUUACUGACGUGCUGAACCUGAGCCGGGACUAACGUGGGCUGCAGGACUUGUAAAUAUAAUAAAUUGUUACUAGGGUUGUUUUUUCUUUUGUAAAUAAUGUUUUUAAAUGUGACUUCAUGUCUGUGGGAAGAUGUUUAAAGUUUGACUUCCAAAUGAACAUUUUGCAUUGUUGUUUCCCUUUUUUUUGAUAAUUCCAGCUAAGGGGAAGUCAGUAUUUAAAUGUCAUUUAACAAGAACAACAAAAAAGAGAGAGAAACAGUCUACAGUUUAUUUUCAAUAAAAGUCAGAGGUUAACGGAUGUACAGUUUUAGCAUUUAUUACUGUGUGUAACAACAUAUCAGUAAACCAACCCAUCUAAAACUGGGGUGUGUAUUGGAUACUACAAAGCACUUGAUUAGAAAAGUUCAACUCGGCGGCAAACACAGAAAAAGGUUAAAGCACGGGUGUGAUGACAGUAAAACCCCGUCGUCCAGCCUGGGGAAGACAGUUACAGCAGGGGAACAAACUUCUGGUUCCUCGUGAUUGAUUUGCAUGUAUAUUUUGAAGAACUCGUUAAAAACAACACGGGAGAUGCUGGAAAUAACAAAUGAAUGUUGCAUUUACUUGAAUUUAAGGCACCAAAACCCCACAGAAAUGAAGUACUUUGAAAGCUCUUGUGCAGAACGUCCAAACUGUUGCAUGAGUACAGUGUGUGGUGGGUAGCAGCAUGUCCCAGCUAGUCCUUACUUACUUUCGUUUUUGUUCGACAAACCGCAGCUUCUCCCAUCACUCGCCGCUGCCGCGCUCCGGUUACUUGUCGUACAGGUCGAGUGGGUAGUGCUCUUUGUACUGCUGGACGUGCCUCCACAGGGAUUCCUUCUGCUUGUCCAGGCCGGGCGUCAUCUCCUCGUACACGUCGGUGAACAUCAGGUCGGGGUUGGGCUUCAGGCGUCUCUCGGCCUUCUCGAACGCCUCCAUCACCGUCUUGCGGGAUUGCUUGCGCCAGCUCCUCUCGUCGUCCUCGCUCCACCAGCCGCGGACCGUCAUGUAAUGUCUCAGCCUGGAGAUGGGAUGGUCCUGCUUGUCCCAGUAGUUCACCUCGUCCACAGAGCGGUACGCGGAGCUGUCGUCACUAGUGCUGUGGUGGCCGACCCUGAGAGAGAAAACAACAAUAACAAUCUUAAGAAGACUUUAAUAUUUGAAACAUACAGGACAGGAAGAUUUCCUACAAAGAACCCUUUCAUUUUUUAUUACUAACACUACUUUUUUCAGGAGCUUAUCACGACAAAUGUCAUCUCAAAUCACUUCAAGAACAGUCAUUCCAGAUUAGACCAAUUAGUACGAAGCCAAUAAAAAUAUUAGCUACAGAAACCACCAGAUUACAAAAAAAACCUUUCUUUGACACAAUCCUCCGUCCUGAGCAAGCACCAGGAAGAAAUCUCUGGCAUAACGGCUUUUCACAUAAAGAUCUUUUACAUUUGUGCGCAUCGAUUUGAGAUAGUUUCGUGGUGGUGCCACCCCACAAACAAACAAACAAGAAAAAAAGAUAUUGCUGCAAAUUUAAAUACCCAAAUUAUGACUCGCCCACCUGCAAACAUUUUGAAUCACGCACAUUUUGUUUCUAAUUUAAAGGGGUCAUCGGAUGCAAAAUUCACUUUUGUUGUCGUUUUGUAACAAUGUGUUGAACGUGAAUGCACACAUCCAUCCUAUAAUUUAUUUACUUUUUUAAUUACUAUUAGGAAAUCUCCGUUCUGAAAUCAGGCUGUUCUGAGCGAGCCAUCAACCUGGUCCGCCAUUGUUUCAACGCCUGUCUCCAGAGCAGGAUGUCAAGCGAUUGAGGUGUUCUGUUCGUGGAUGCUAUAAUGAACACCACGGUCAUCUAAUACUUCCUGAGAUUUGAGCCACUGAAAACGUGGAGUGGUAUGCCUUUUCAAAAAUGUCAAAUAGUUUGAAAUCUGCACUUUCAAGACGAGUUGUGCCGCGACCCCAGCGAGGCUGCGUCCCACUGCUACUCUAUUUUAAAUUGGUCAUGUGAUUUGGAUGCGCAGGUGCAUCCGUGGACUCCAGAGGGUUAAUACCUUGCUCAGUACGCUGCGCUGCCAGUACAUAAAAAGAUAAAGUGAAAUUAAUUCAACCAAACAUUCAGAAACGUCCAGUCUUAAUUGCUGAACUUCUUCUUAGUCCGAUUCACAUCGACACGGCUAUGUCCUCAGAGCCUCCUGCUGCCAAACUUUCCAUAAACUAAAUCCUCAACGGUUGUCAAGGCAACACUCCACACGUGUUGUGUUUAAAUGCCACAAGGGUGCACAGAAAAAUUAACCAAAACAGGCUGAUUUAUGAGGAGCUGAUUUUGACAAGGUAAAAAAAGUUUUUUUGUUUUUUUCUAACACUAUCAGCAAGAAUUUUUAAUCAAAGUAUAUUAGUGAGUUUUCAUUAAGACCCUAAAGAAUCAUGUGGACUUAUGGUAAAUGGGCUUCCGAUGACUCCUUUAACAUGAAAAAUUGAACAUUUUAUCUUGUUUUUACCUCACAAUUUCCUCACAAAGUUGAGACUGAGACAUUUACCCGCCACAACACAAACUUUUACAAAUCCUUAUUGUACUUAUGCGUUGUUUCAUUUCAAAUUCAUACGCAAACUCAAAACUGAUCAUACGAUUAUUUUAUAAAAAGGAGUUGCUGCUGAAUAUCCUGAAAUUUUCACAGAUGUGGAGGUUUUAACUUAUAAAACUUGUACUUGGUCAAAAGUUAAAACAAAACGCACUUCAGGAUUCUUUCUCUGCAUUUACUUCCUCUGGUAUUUUUUAUUGUUAAAU